GGGAAUUAUCUAAACAGUCCAAACUGCUUACACCCUGCAACCAUGACCAGGGUUCCCUUCAACUACAAGGCCUGAAAAAAACCUAGCCUCAACACCAAUCAGUCCUUCCCCCCCCACCCUAUCCAGUCAUGCAGAUACGGUCGAUGGAAAGACACCUACCCACUCUCGCAUGAAGAAUCAGUCUUCGAUUUCCGGCAAAAAAAGAAAAAAAGAAAAACCAAACAAAGAUCUUACGCUGCAUACGGUACUUGUACGGUACAGUACUACGAGUAGUUCUCGAGUACUGUACUCACCCAUUCAGCACCCGCAAUCGGAAAAAACGCAGACCCUGGCGGUCAGGCAUGACACUGCGCUCGAGUAGGUAUGAUAGGUAUGGUAAACAGUUGCAGUACCGGUAUGCUACUACGCGACCUAUACCAUAUCACCACCUACCUAGGUCGCCCGGGGGGGAUCUGAUUACGCCGUAGGGCCCGAAUGACGGGGUUGACCCGGCCCUUCUGUAACGGUAGGGGUCUGGACACCGCAUCUGGGGAUUUGCCCUGAUAUGGUGGCUUUUGAUGCACAGGAUAGGCUGAUGAUGAUGAUGGUGAUGGCGCUGAUGGCUACUCCCGAUGAAUGAAUUCCCUGCGGAGUACUCUUCACCCCCACCGCUCAAGUCAUGAUUUUGUCGUGCAGAGCUUAGCUGCGCAAUCGCAUUGUACCUGAGUAAGGGAACUGUGGGGGAUGGUCCUCUUUUUUUCCCCUUCUCACAAUCUAGAUAAAUAACCUCGUCGAUGCCCCUCCGCUUCUGACUUUCACUCCCCACAUACGCCCAUACAUACGUACGUACGUGCGUACUAAUCUGCAACUGAAACGACAAGGGGAAAAAAACUUUACACAGUUUACGUACGAGCACAUAACCAAAUUUACAAUGGCGACAGUCUCCCAACCCGCCGUUGCCAAUUCCUCGCUACCGACGCCGUUUCCCCCUCUAUCGAUAUUGGAAGCUUUCAUACCUAGCUACCUCUCCCCGUUAAUCUCUUACUUUGGUCUCGGCAAUGCCGUCACACACAUCCUCGCCUUCUUCCUCCUCACCACCUUCACGGCAACGGGUUGGACAUACUGGUACGACAGCCUUGUGAGCCUCUUCCGCCGGUUCUUCAUGUCGACAGCCCAGAUCCGCUCCCGGGACGAACUCUACGACCAUAUGAUGGCCUGGGUUGCCGAACAAGAGUUUUCCGCCCGGACACGCUACUUUGUUGCAACAAUGGCGUUCGGAUCUUUGUUCGCUGAGGGCGCUGGUAGGUCUGAAGAUGAGGAGGAGGAACCCGAAGAACCCGAUGCGCCCUCUUGGGAGCGGAAUCGACGGGCGCCGUUGCAGUUCACUCCGGCACCGGGGUUGCACUACUUCAGGUACAAAGGAAGCUUCGUGAUGCUGGAGCGGAUCGUCGAGGACAACGACAAGACGUGGUUCCCGCAGGAGAUCCUCGAGUUCUCAAUUAUGGGUCGCAAGCCGCAAUUACUAAAGGAUAUGCUGAAAGAGGCGAGGUCGAGGUAUCUCAUGAAGGAUAAGAGCAAGACUGUAGUUCACAGGCCAAAAGCCCCUGAGGCUGUCGGUUCACCGCCGACAUGGGUGCGCUGCCUCGCCCGCCCCAGUAGACCCCUCUCCACCGUCGUCUUGGAACAAAGCCAGAAGGAAAUGUUCGUCGACGAUAUCAAGGACUACCUCGAACCCGGUACUCAGAAAUGGUACUCGGACCGCGGAAUCCCUUACCGUCGCGGGUACCUCCUGCACGGCCCUCCGGGGACCGGUAAAUCAUCCCUCAGCUUUGCCGCCGCUGGCCUCCUCGGACUGAAGAUCUACGACAUCGACACCAUCAACACAAGCACCGAUGCUGGCACCAAAGUCUCGCUCUCCGGGUUGCUCAAUGUCAUUGACGGCGUAGCCUCCCCGGAAGGCAGAGUUCUAAUCCUCACAACAAACCACCCAGAAAAACUCGAUGCAGCGCUAAUCCGUCCAGGCCGCGUAGACAUGAAGAUCGAAUUCAAGCUGGCCGGGGAGGAAGCCAUUGCGGGACUAUUCAUGAGAAUACUGAAAGAAAAGGAGGCUAAAAGAGCUGCAGAGGAGCGCGCUGCGAAAGAGAAACAUUUAUUGGAACUUGUGGCCAAGUUUACACAAACCAUGCCACAGGAGGUCUUCUCCCCGGCGGAAGUUCAGGGGUACUUGUUGCAGCACAAGAACCGGCCGGAGAGAGCGGUUGAGUGUGCCGAAAAGUGGGUUUGUGAUCGGAUAGAGGCUAGGAAGGCGGGGAAGAUUGAUUAA